CAGACAGGGUCACUUCUAUUUCUGCUUACCCUUGAAACUCCAUCCCGAUAGUAAUCAGAAUGUCGGAAACGAGCCCGAUCCCCAUUAUCCUGUGCGGAAAAACCGAAUUCAUCGGUGAAAGAGUGAUUGAAGCUCUCAAGCCAGAGAUUGAAGUCGUUCAAUUCAUCUUACCUGGAAACUCGGGACGAGUCAUCAUACCUGCUCUUCUUGCCGGUAAAAGUCCGCCAUCUCAUCCUGACAGCAGCGCCAUCGGCUCCGGAAACUACAAUAAUGCUCCCCGCGCCGUUGUGCUAGGAGGGGCUUUCGAAGAAUCCGACAUAGCUACCCUGUGCGAUGCCGUCAAAACCGUUAAUGGAGCCCGCCGUGUGGCUUGGCUCCGUCAGGAUACAACCCAGCCAGCGCCUCCAGUUACAUCGCCUGAAUACCCUAAGCUCAUGACAAGGAGAACUAAGGAGGCGGUAAUCAAGCUUAAUAAGGACGGGAAACUGGAUGGAACAUAUGACGGCCUUGAGUGGUAUUAGGAUGCGAUAAUGAAUGACUAUGUUACAAUGCUGAGACCAAUGAAUGCGCUAUCGUGUAUGAGCUGACUGAACGAGAAACAAAGGCUGAAACUGAACUGAAAGUGACACUGAACUCCUAAGCGAUUCAAAACACCUUUAUCACUGUGCCUCCUUCUCUUUCUUCCCCUCCGUCGUACCAAUCUGACAUCGAGAUCCUAAGGUCUUGACACUAUUCAUACUCUGACUCUUCAUAUUUCCCAUACCCGUCUUCCAAUUCGCGACCUUGGUGUUGACAUUCUUUCCGGCUCGAUCAACACUGUCGCUGAUACUUCUAUCAAGCUGGUUCAACUUGGCUGUAGUGCCAUUCUCGAACGCCGUACAACGAUCCUUGAAUCCUUUAUCGAUUUGAUUGGCUUUCUCUGUCAUAGCUGUACUUGAAUUGUUGGUGAAUGUCGUCCAGGCCUUCUUCUUCUUGUCGACUGCUUGGUUCCAUUUGUUGACAUGGCGUUGGUAGUAACCCCGAGCAGCGCUAUCUUUCUUCUCUGAUGUUUCGGUGGAUGCGGUUGAGAUACUCUCUCUACGCUCAUUCGUGUUGCUGUUGUAUUUCUGAACCGCCAUAGACGCUUCGUUCUCUUUGUCUUGGGUUGGUAGAGACUGGGCUGAGUAGUUUGGAUGGUAGAACCCUUUGUGAUCCUCGUGGUUUGUUUGAGGGAGAACUUCUUUCUCUAAUGAGUCGAUGCGCUGCGCCUGAGCAAUUUGUUCGCUUGGGUCGUAGAUUUGCUUCUCAUCAUGUCCAUCAUGAAGCCUCAAGUCGUGCACCUCCUUCUCGAGCCCAUGGUCAUAAACCUCUUUCUCCGCGGCGGGUAUAUAGACUUCCUUCUCAUCAUGUCCCUCGUUUACAACAUAAACUUCCUUCUCGUCAGAUCCAUCUGUCUUCUGAACAACUUCUUUCUCCUCAGACACCGCAGGAAGAACCUCCUUGAACGUGUCUUCCCCUCGUCGGUCAAAGUUUCCGGUGGAGACGAUUGGCGUAGGCGGUGUCAAGAUAAUCUGAACGGGAUUAUUAUCCGACGCCGAGGUUACUUCAACUGGAGAUGAGCCUCCGCCCGUGUACUUCUGAUGCCCAGACAUGGCGAUGAUGACCUCAACUUGUUUGUUGGGAAAUUGCAACGUCAAG